UUAGUCCGAAUCUGGAAGUGCGGGGAAGUUGGACACAUUGUUAACCGAGCUGCUGUCCGCCCCCCCUUCUACCUCGCUUAGGACAAAUCCCAAACAACAAAGAAAUCCGGCCCUCAUUCACAAGCGCAAAGACAUUCGCUCUUGCAUUCCAAACUUUCUACAACGUUACACAUAAUCUUAGCACACUCAAACGACCCCUGACAUGAUGAUCUUCCACCGACACUCCCCGCAAUAUCACGUGAUCACAGGCUUUGUGGCGCGCGGGACGAUCUGGUGAUGCACGAAACCCCUCGAACCUAGGCGUUGAUUGGGCAGUAUGCACUCUUCCUGCAGAAUGACCAGAUGACAGGCAUCCAACCGAAUCAUGGGAUAUACUUCUGUUGUCCGGUGGGCCAUAUUCGUACCCCACAACUUCUUGAGUCGUGAACAAAGGGAAAGGAGAGUAGGAUUCAAAACCACGCUUACUAUGCGCGCCAAUAGCUAGCCUCGGUACGACGACCAGCUAUGUCCGAGCUUGAAAGGUCAACUGGUCAGGCGACAGAACAGAGGUGUUAUAGAUAUAUACACGAUAUAUUGCUUCAUUUCAUGGCGGGGCUGUUUGGUUCUAUUAUCCGCAGCUUCGAUUCGUGCCUUUCCUUUCGAGAUGAUGCUUCUGUCUCUAAUCGCCCUGGCGGCGGUCCCUGGUGGAAAUGCUUUACUGCUGAGAGAUAAUGUGGGGAGACUCCCAGCUCUGGGCUGGAACUCAUGGAAUGCAUACCACUGCGAUGUUGACGAGACCAAGAUCAUGUCGGCUGCCAACCAAGUCGUCAAGCUCGGCCUCAAAGACGUAGGCUAUGAAUACAUCAACAUUGACGACUGCUGGUCCGUCAAGUCAGGCCGCAACAAAACCACCAACCAAAUAAUGCCCGACCUCACCAAAUUCCCCAGCGGAAUCACAGGCACCGCCUCCAAAAUCCACUCCCUCGGCCUCAAAAUCGGCAUCUAUUCCAGCGCCGGCACAGGCACCUGUGCCGGGUAUCCUGCCUCUCUAGGUUACGAAAAGACCGACGCUGCCACUUUUGCAAGCUGGGGAAUCGACUACCUCAAAUACGACAACUGCUUCGUGCCCCAAGAAUGGAACGACCAGUACGCGGCCUGCGUACCAGAAUUCUCAGGAGGUCCUUUCCCCAACGGAACGUGUCCGAAUCUGCUCAACCCCGCGCCUAAGGGCUACGAUUGGAGCACGUCCAACUCGACGAAGCGGUACGAGAUCAUGCGGGAUGCGCUGCUUGCGCAGAAUCGGACUAUCCAGUACGCGAUCUGUAAUUGGGGUCUUGCGGGUGUGGAUUCCUGGGGAAACGGAACGGGAAGCUCUUGGAGGAGUACGGGGGAUAUUGAGCAGAACUGGGGACGUACUGUGGAGAUUCUGAAUCUCAAUAGUUUUAUGCUGAAUAGUGUGGAUUUUUGGGGGCACAAUGAUGCGGAUAUGUUGGAGGUUGGGAAUGGGGACUUGACGGAUGCGGAGUGUAGGAGUCAUUUUGCUUUUUGGGCGGCGAUGAAGAGCCCGUUGAUUAUUGGGACGGAUUUGGCGGUGCUGAAGAAGAGUUUGGUGGAUGUUUUGAAGAACAAGUACUUGCUGGCUUUUAACCAGGAUGACGUGGUUGGCAAGCCUGCGACGCCGUAUAAAUGGGGAACGAAUCCGGAUUGGACUUUCAAUGCUACGAAUCCGGCGGAGUAUUGGAGCGGGAGGAGUAAGGAAGGGACACUUGUGUUGGCUUUUAAUAGCCUGGGUGCAAAUGCUACGAGGGAAAUCAAGUGGAACGAAGUUCCCGAGUUGAAAGGUGGGGAUAAGUGGAUGGUCACCGAUAUUUGGACUGGUUCAAGCCUUGGAUGUGUCAAGGGAGGAAUCAAUCAGACAGUUCAGAGUCAUGACACGAUUGGCUUUAUGGUUGGUGAGCAAUGUGGAAAGGGUUACUUGAGGACCAUGAACAGGCCGCAGUAGAUUUGGAAGGGCAUUUACACUUGCAUGGUUCGGUAUCCGGUGCAUGGUAAUGUUUCUUUUACUCAAGCUUGUGGAUGCGAAUUAGCACCUUUCUUCGACCCAGUUAGGUGAAGAGCAAGCUGAUAGCAAUGAGACCCAACGAGUAUGGAGAACACUGGUUAAGCUAGAGAAGAAAACCUUGGUGGCUUCGUAUCAA